GCGGAGCUAGAAUGCGCCCGACGGUUGUCCGGCACUUUUGCCAGAUGAAUUCAAUUCAAUUAAAACUGCCAACUUAAAAACAUGGCUCCGUGCAAGCUCCCCAACCCCAGGGAUAUCAUCUUUGCUUCGGUGUGGAUUUAGUGCUGCAGCCUGCCGUGCCUUCUCGUUGCUUCCUUCUACAGUCUGAUCGAGCAUUCAAGGAGCAUCAGUCAACCGCUGGCUUGAUAAACGGAUUUUGUUCACCCAAAGGAUGUCUGCAACGGACUUUGAAAAAUUAGCAGAAAUAGAACUGCAGAAAGAAGAAGCUGAAAACGCAGGGAUGGAAGAAAUCAGGAGCUUCUCAGCAGUGCAGUCAAACCGAGAAGUCGGAAUAAGAAUGACUCACCCCUACUACGAUGUAGCUCGACACGGCAUCGUCCACUUCGCAGGUGACGACUAUCUGGGGAGAAAAGUGAUUGCCUUCAGUUCCUGCCGCCUGCCUCCUUCUCAUCAGAUCAACCACCACCGGUUAUUAGAAUAUUUGAAGUACACGCUGGACCAAUAUGUGGAAAGCGAUUACACACUUGUCUACUUUCACUAUGGACUCAAUAGUCAAAACAAGCCAUCUCUGAGCUGGUUGCAAAGUGCCUACAAAGAAUUUGAGCGCAAAUAUAAGAAAAAUCUGAAAGUGCUCUACGUCGUGCACCCCACCAACUUCAUCAGGAUAAUCUGGAACGUUUUCAAACCUCUGAUCAGUCACAAGUUUGGGAAAAAGGUGAUCUAUCUGAAUUACUUGAGUGACUUGAGAGACCACCUGAAAUACGAGCGCUUGAGCAUCCCUGAAGAAGUUGUUCGACACGAUGAAAAUCUCCGGAUGAAACAGAAGAGCGGAUCCCUUCCUCCAGCAAAACGUCCUCCACCACGCCCUCCUCUUCCAACGCAGCAGUUUGGAGUCAGCCUACAGUACCUCCGUGCUAAAAACAAAGGCGAGUUAAUCCCACCUGUAAUGAAUCACACAGUGGCUUACUUGAAAAAAAGAGGGCUUAAAACAGAAGGGCUGUUUCGAAGAUCAGCUGGCACCCAAAGUAUUCAAGAGAUUCGGAAACUUUAUAAUCAAGGAAAACCUGUUGAUUUUGAUGAAUAUGGAGAUAUCCACAUCCCUGCUGCAAUCCUGAAGGCUUUACUCCGAGAACUUCCUGAACCUUUACUGACCUUCUUGAUGUAUGAUCAGAUUGUUCAAAUCACUAGUGUGGAAAGUAGCUUGCGAGUGACCAGAUGCAAAGAAAUUGUACGUGGACUUCCUGAGCAAAAUUAUGCUGUGCUGAAGUUUCUGAUGUGUUUUCUCCAUAUGGUGUCGCAAGAAACCAUUUUCAACAAAAUGACCAGCUCUAAUCUCGCUUGUGUCUUUGGUCUGAAUUUAAUCUGGUCACCCAACAGCGCACCAUCUUUCAGCGCACUGGUGCCUAUAAAUCUUUUUGUUGAGUUGUUGAUCGAUUUCUAUCCCAUAAUCUUCAGUUCGCGAACGGUGCCCGGUGAACGGUUGCCUUGAAAAUCAAAAGAACAGGGAUUGCAAGGACACCCCCCCACCCCCCGCUCUUCUAUACAAGGCAGAGGCAGAAGGAAGAAUCUCCAUGUUCCCAGGCAGGUGUUGGAGGAAGAGACCUGGGUCAGUUUAUGGUAGCAAAAAAUCAGGAGUGUGACAGUAUCUUCUCCAACUCAUGCAUUCUAUUAAAAGGCAGCAGUUUCAUGA